UCCUUGGUCUCUCCUGCCCUUCCCUUUCUUCAUGGUCCUUACCUUUCCCUCACCAUGGCUGGUGUUCCACUUGUUCAACAUCGCAUCGGCAUACUCGCUCCCCCGUCUGUAUCCUCGCCGCCUCCUCUCAGCAGCUGUGCACCAUCGCUUUCAUCUUUCCAUUCGACAUCGAAUAAACACUAAGCAAUGCCGCGUCGAUUUCUAUAGAUUCCGCUUCGCACUCGCCGCCGCGCGGUCUCUCUCGGCCGUUCGUUGUGCUGGCGGCAGCUGGCGCGGCAGCGGUUGGAUUGCAGCUGCACGAGUUGCCACACAGCUUCGCGGCGCCCCCAAAUCUGUUCUUCCCCACGCGCCGCGAUGCCGCAGUCACUGACGCAUUCGUCGCUGGGCGCGCGGCGGCCCGGCGUGGGGAUGGCGGUGCUGGGGGCGGCGUGGGUGGCGGGGUGGGUGGGGAUGUGCGCGUGGGUGGUGUGGUUCGCGCACCGGCAGGCGGCCGGCCCGCGACAAGAGGCGAUCCAAGUGUGGUGUCGCGCGCGCGUGCGAUACCUCCACCAGGACAUGCGAUCCGCCGUCGCGAGCGCCGAGGCGGCCACAGGGCUGAUGAAGGUGUUUGCCAGGUUCGGUCCGCGCAGCAACAGCAGCCUGCAGUACUGGGGCCUGGGGGGGUGCGUCAACAACGCGUCGCUGCUGAAGUACGCGGGGCAGGCGAACCUAAUCGCCAACUACAGCAGCAGCUGCCUCAGCCUGCUGCUCACGGACAGCGACAGGGUGACGGUGGAGGCGAUCACAGGGUACGAGGUGCGCUCCGUGCUGGGGCUGCGCGCGCCCAGGAGGGACCUGUACCUAGUCAACCUGUGUGGCGACGCGGGGCAGGGCUACUUCCUGCCGCCGUUCACCGACUUCACUCCCCUCGUGCCGCCUGACGUCCUCACUAACCUGCUCGCAGGGAAGGCUACUGCUGGCCCUCCGGUUAUCAUCGACACUGGAUACGUUGCAAGUGUGUUUGGCAUCCCCAUCUUGCGCCACCCGCUGCCGCCCAACGCAUCGCCGCAGCAGAUGAGGGAGAGCAUCAGCACGGGAUGGGCGUCUGUGGUUCACCUCGAGUGGCGGGCCCACGACAUACUCAACAUGCUGGACAGCGG